CUACUAGUAUCCACAGCUUGGCAUCCCACGACGAUACUGGGAUAGUGGUUGCCGUUCCGAUACAUACAUUGCGUACUUGCCUGGGCAACAUAGAAAGCAUACGGCGGCGUGGGUCGGGAUAUCCUUGGUCGUGAAACUACGCACAGCGCAACGCCGAGUCGGAGGCGGAACGAGCAACGGAGCCACCAACAACACAGGCCCGACAAAAACCAGCAGAAGCGAAAAGAUAGCGCUCUCUGCACCUCACGUUCAGACCGCUCUCGCUCUUUUGCAUCCUUCCUCGGGCAUCUGUCCAGUUUCGGAAGUGAAGCUGAAGGAAGCUCGGUGAUAGGCCCUGAACCAUGGCGACCCCUUCAAUUGACACAAGCACACUAGCCACGGCUGUGGUGGAAUGGGUCGCUUCAUUGCAGCUGGAGCGACCGUGUCACACACCUGAAGACCUCAGCAAUCCAAAUCUCUUAUAUGAUGUUCUCACCGAAGUUGAUCCGCAAUGGUUCAAAGCCUCUCGUGCCGGCUCAGGCGCUGACGCCAACGACAACUGGGUCAUGAAGUUUAACGGACUGAAGAAACUGUACAAACUUCUCAUCGGCUACUACGAAGAGGUUCUCGGCCAACCCACAGGCGGACUCGACGUUCCGAAUCUAACCUACAUUGCACGAGACGAGGAUGUUGCCGAAAUGGUGAAACUAGCGCAACUGGUCGUAGCCCUCGCCGUACAGAGCGAGAACAACGGACGAUACAUCCAGAAGAUCCAGGCAUUAGACCAAAUGUCGCAACAUGCUUUGAUGUUUGCCAUCGAGAACGUCAUGGGGCGAUUGACGAACCCAGCCAGUGCUGGACGCAGGCUGUCGGAAGUCGGAGCGGAUCUGGACGACAGCAACGAUGCUUUGAUGUACGAGAAAGGGGAACUGGAGAGCAAGAAUAAGGAGAUGGCCGAGGAACUUAAUGCGUUGCGGGCCGAGAAUGAGAAAGUCAACUUGGCGAAUGGAGCAUUAGAGCAGAGGAUGCGAGAGAUGGAAUCGACGCUUUCGCAGUUGACCGAGGCGGGGCAGGUCGAUUUCAUUCUGAGAACAGAGAUUGAUAACCUGAAAGCGCAGCUGAUGAAAACGGAAAGCAGGCGCGCCGAGGUCGAGCAGCAAUUCGAGAAACAGAAUUCAGUGAUCACUGACCUUACCCGGAAAUACGAGGAAGCCUCAAACGACGCCGAGGAGGCCUCGCGCCUCAAAGACGCUCUGAACGAGUUCCGCCACAUGGCAGAUAAGCUACAAAAGUCCGAAGCGAUCGUCGACAAAUACAAGAAACGGUUUGAGGAGGUUGGGGAUCUUCGCAAACAGCUGAAAGCCGCUGAGGAACAGGCCGCGCAACAGGCGCAGCGCAAUGUGCAAUUGGAGGAGGAGUUUCGGAAGGUGGCGCCGAUAAAGCCACUUGUUAAUACUCUGAAAGACCAGCUUAGCACCUUGGAGUCGAGGAUAAGCUCGCUUCAGGUGGAGAAUUCGACGCUGGAGUUUCAGUUCACGGAAGCAAGGACGAAAUUGGAGCGGUAUGAGAUAGAGAGGAGGAAUGACCAUGAGCAUAUCCAGAAUCUGGAGGAUCGGUUGAGGGAAGCUGAGCUGAGAGGCCCACCGAUAUCAGGCACCGCCGCCACCGAGCUGGGAUCAGAUAUGAGCAGCGUCAAGGUGGCCCAACUCGAACGAGAGGUGGAGCGGUUGCGGAAUGAGAAGACAUCUACGCAAGCUAUUGCAGAAAAGGUGGUCGCCCUGGAAAAUAUGCUGGAAGAUGCCAAUCGCCUAAAAGCGAAAUACGAGAAGGACUACCGAUUCGCGUUUGAGAAGAAUUUGGGUUUGGAGAAUGAGCUUAGACAGAUCCGGUCUAUGUCUGACGUCGAUGGACGCUCCCAACCCUUCUCCCCCAGCACACCAACCACCCCCUCCCACCUUACAACCGAGCUCCAAGCCGCGCACAAGCAAAUCCAAAAACUCACCGAAGAGCUUCGCCAAACCAUCGGUCGCCUCAACAAAUUCUCCUACGAGCGCGACCGUCUCCAGCUCGAGCUCAACGACGCCCAAUCCGCCGUCACCCAGCAGGAGCGCGUCAUUGGGGAGCUCAGGAGUGAUCUGGCGGCGAUGGAGUCCCGGGGGCAGAGUUCGGAUGAGAAUGUGCAGCGGAUUGCGGCGAUUACGAAACAGGCUGUGGAUGCGCAGAGCAAGAAUGAUACGCUGCAUGCGGCGUUGAAGCAGGCGAAGGAGCACAUCCGCCGGCAAGAAAAGUCGCUGAAAGACUAUUUCGCGCUUUUGCCCAAAGACGACAACUUUACCGAAGCCAUCGCGUCGCUCCAGUCCACCCUGUCGGAGCGCGACGCUGAGCUCCUCAAGCUCAAACAUGAGCUCGCUGAUACCCGCGCCGCGGCGAGGCGUGAACAGUUCCUCAUGGCCAGCGCCUGGUACUCCACAAUAACAGACUCGCAAAUCAAAGCCUCGGCGCGCCUUACCGUCAGCGGCGCCAACAAUCAUAACAACGCACGACAACAAAAUGGGGAGAAGGUCAAUGGGGGAUUGGCUGGAGGACCGCCUGAGACGCCAAAGAGCUGGCUGCAAAGACAGAGGAUGCAGGUGUUGGAGCAGCAGCAGCAUUUGAGGUAGUGUGGGGGUGCGAGGAGGAGGGUGGGGGGGCACUUUUUGCUAGCUGCGCGAUUAUGCGAUAUACGGUGUAGCGGACGUUUACUCGACCGCGGUGGACUAAGGAAGGAUGACGAAACACACGGCGGGUGGGUGGACAAUCCAAUAUGGGUUCCGAGCGAGGCGGUUUACAUAGAAGAAUGGACAGCAUGCGAAGCGGCGUAGUGUGUACAUCUAAAUUGAUCUCUUGUUUUGGUUUUUCUGAUCUCAUUGGUUGGCAACAUGGGCUGGAUAUCCAAUGCUCGUAUCAUACUCUCUUGUAUCCAUCAUGUUUUGUCGAUCCACGGUUCACAUAUGCUACGCUAAUAAUACUAGGAUCGUUUGCCGCGCAUGAAGUCGGGGUUAUCUCGCAAGCGGCAUCUGUGCGCAUAGGAUGGAACUUGACCUUUCAUCACAACCAUCUGUCCGAUGUUCGUAUGAUUGACCCUUGAUCCGCUAACUGGGG